UUUAGAACGCUAAUUGCUGAUAUUAUGGAGCAAAGAAGAAGGGAGGAGACACGUAGAAAUGAUUUUCUCCAGUUGAUGGCCGAUCUGGAACGGACAGAGGGUGAAAAAUUUGACAUGGAAAUGAUCACGUCUCACGCGGUGUCGUUUUUCAUCGAUGGCUACGAGACUUCCAGCACUUCUUUAAGCUUCGUCGGCUUCAAUUUGGCCUCUCAUCCAGAAGUGCAGGAGAAAUUACGCGAAGAGGUGGUGUCUGUGCUUAACAAAUACGAUGGUGUGAUCACUUACGACGCCUUGAAAGAAAUGACGUACAUGGAUCAGGUAUUUAACGAAUCACAGAGACUCCUGCCCGCUGUAGGAUUUUUGGACAAGUUUUGCACGGAGGAAACCGAUUUGAGAGGAUCCGACGGACUCGUUUGUCACGUGCCACGUGGAAUGCACAUUUUGAUACCCAUCAUGGGCUUGCAGAGAGACUCACGAUAUUGGGAGGAUCCUGAGGUGUUCGAUCCCGAAAGAUUUAGCAACGAGAGAAAACAUAGCAUCGAGAAAUAUGCUUAUCUUCCCUUCGGCGAGGGACCGCGAAUGUGCGUGGGACAGAGAAUGGCUCAGUUACAGAUAAAAGCAUGUUUGGCUGCGCUCCUGAGGAAGUACAGACUAGAGCUUUCUCCGAAGACGCGAGUACCAUUGAAGUUGACGGGUUCGACCUUCAUCAACGCUGCUGAAGGCGGCCUUUGGGCCAUCAUUCGACCGAUUUAACUACGAGAUAUUAAAAAAGAAUAUUUUUGUUACGGAUUUUUUUCUUGGUUUUGAUUUUUUUUUUUUUACAAUUAUAUGGACUUUUGUAGUGUUAGUUUCUGUAAAAUUAAUAUUUUUAAUAAUAUUUUUCCAUUGAUUUUCAAUGAUAUUUUAAUGAUGAGUUGAAUUUAAAAUAUAACAAAUAUUAAUAAACGUUGAGAAAAUAUUUUAUUUAUUCGGAGAAUUAUAACCAUUAUGGUCUUUUAUUUUUUAACUGUAUAAAUUAGACCUAAUUUUUGUUGUUAUUUUGUUUCACGUUGUACUGUGACAGAAAAUUGUAAUUAAUGUGUUUUAAAUUAUUUUUUGUGUUUAGAUUAGAUGUUAUUGCAAUAAAAUGAUAAUGUUUUAAGGGCAGACACUGUCUUGUUGAUGUAACACUUAUUGCGCAUGAUUCCGCGAUGCAAAUUAUUAAUCAUGCAUAACUCGUCAAGGUUGCGAUAUUAUUAAAAGGGACGCAGAAAGAUA